AAGUUUUCUGAAAAAUAUUCUCUCUCCUCCCUUAUUUCCUCUUUCCUCCAUAAUUUCAUGGUUUUCUUUCUCACUCCUCUCUCUUUUUCUCUCCUAUCUCUGGUCAUCAAAUCUUAAAGAAAUUGUUAUAAAUUAUCAAAUUAAAGUUGAAUUAGCUUCAAUCUUUAUUAAUAACGCCAUCGAUUUCUUGUUGGAGCUAACAAAUCAGCUUUUCUCUUACGAUUUUUAUUUGAUUUCAUAUACACAAUGUUUUAUUUGAGUUUUGAAUUAGUUAUUUGUUUAUUUUUAUCAUCAUCAAAUUGAUUCUUCAAUUGAAUAAUUAGAAGGUUUUCAAUGGAAUUAAGAUUUACUUUCAAAUAUAUGAUUCUCCAUAUUUUGUAGGACAAGCAAACUAAAUUUAAGCAAAAUUUUGUGGGUGGUUUCGCUGGGUUUGUGGGUGGAUUCGGUAUUUUUGGUGGGUGUCGGUGGUGGGGUGGUCUGGGUUUGGGGUUUCGGUGGUGUCGGUGGUCUGGGUUUGGGGGUUUCAGUGGUGGUGGUGGUCUAGGUUUGGGGGUUUUGGUGGUGUUGUUGGUUGUGGUGGUCUGGGUUUGGUUUGGUAUGACUGUAUGAGUACUCUCUUGUAAGUUAACCAUCUCGUCUUCAUGUAAUAUUGCAUAAUUUUUCUUUAUUUCUUUUUCAUGAAAGGAUGUCAAUGUAAGCUAGUCUUAAUAUUUCUGGUAUCAAAGAUUUUCAGAAACUUCAAUUGGUCUUUAAAGUUCUAGAUCCUUGUAUGUAAUCCUUGAACAAAUUUAAAAAUUGGGUAUCAUUUUUAUGUUCAAUUUACCACUGACAAUAUUUUUUAUUUUUUAUUUUUUUUCCUUUCUUUUUCUAGGUGUAUAGAAGGAUAUGGUAGUAUAAGCUUAGCUGAUGCAUUCAAGCUGUUUGGCAUGUGUAAACUGCCUCAAUCUCUCCUUAUGCAGGCUUGAAGAAGAAAACUAGAGCUAACAAGAAAAAGUGUUGCUAUAGAGGUUCAUGAAGAUGUUCUUGAGCAUCAAGUUUCUGUAAUUGGUUCACCUUCAUCUCGUCGUAAGUGAACUCAUGAAGAUGAAGCUGAAUCUGCUGCUCUUGUUCGUCUUAAGAAGCCAAGGACAAGAACGAAAAAAUCAAUAGUUGAAGCUGGUGAAGCUAGUGGUGAUGUACCUACAUUGCGGCCAUUUAAAACUAAAUGUAGGCCUUUGCAUUUGGUUAGCAUGAUGUCUAACUUUACUCUUGAUUAAAAAAAUUCUGUAGAUGAAAUCGGUUUUGGAGGGUUGUUAUCAUUGAAGUUGAAAAGGAAUCCUACUAGUAUGUACAGGUGGCUAAUUGAUUCUUUUAACUGUGGUAGCUGCAUGUUUUCAAUCGAUAAUAAUAAGGAGUUUGUGGUGACUGAGUAUGAUGUGUUUUUCCUUCCUUUGAACCCCAAAAAUGUUGAGGAGAUACCUCGAUAUGCUAAUAAAAAUAAUCCUGACUUUGUUUUCAAACAUAAUUGGAGAUUGCAUUUUGGGUUGAUGGAUGAAAAUGAUCAAAUUCUACUUAAUUUGUUAGAAGCUAGGAUACCUACUUUAGGCCAAGGUGGAGAUGAGUUUAAACAACUCUUUGUUAUGCAUGCAAUAUCCACGUUUUUAGCUCCUACUUCGAAUAGAAGCGUUGAUCUUAGGAUUGUCAAGGCACUUGAUGAUGUUGGACAAAUUAAGAAUUUUAAUUGGUGUAAAUAUGUUCUUGAAAAAUUGCGUGAAGGUGUUAAAAGUUACAAAAAAGGAAAAAUUCAGAACUGUUGUGGUUGUAUUUUGAUGUUGGAGAUUAUUUACUUCCAAGGUUGAAGUUUAGGAAUGUUGAAUUAAUUACUUCUUUACCCUUAAUUCAACAUUGGAAUGAUGAGUUGAUUAGGGAUAGAAUUAAAAAGGAAAAAUUGUCCAAAAGUUUUGGGUGUGGGAUUUUACUCUCUGAUGUAUGUGUAUCUUGUUAGUGGUAAACUGAAGUUUUUGGAUGGACAUAUUGUGGGCACUGCAGGGGGAAGUAUGGGGAAUGUUGGGGGGGAGUGUUGACAAUGUUGUGAGGAACGUCGGGGGGAGUGUUGAUGUGCCUGAUUCCAGGGUACAAUACAGUUUAUUCUCCUACCAGGUUCGAUGUCAGAUCAAGAGAUCUAUUCGGCUGCUAUUGAUCCCGUUCAUGAGCAAUUUUUGUUCAUGAAAAGAGAUAUGCAUGUGAUCUCUUCCUUUUACAAUGAUAAGAUUAAAGAGAUUCUUCUUUCACGCGGUAUAAAUGAUGAGGCCAUCAACUCUUUGGUACCUACUUUUUCCCAGAAUGAUCAAUUUUUCAUGGAUUCUCGAGUGCAAGCGGUUAUUGAUGAGAUCUCUAGACUUGCAAUUUGGGUGACCAAGAUACCUGAGGCAUUGGAUCAAAUUUCUACAUUUGAGCACAACAAAACAAGUUGCAAUGAUGUUAGGAGGGAGACAGUUACAGGAAAAGUGCCUAUGAUUGGCUUUGAAAAUAUUCUUGCAAAUGGAAAGUCCAGGUGUUUGUUGUCUUUGGAUUGGAAAUCUGAUGAAAAGCUUAUACUCAUUUCACACUUUUUAAAGUCAAAUAACAAGGAAAUGAAGCUAUUGGAUCCAUUAGUCCUAGAGAUUAUUGACUAUUGCAUUAUCAAUGAUUCUUGUUUGGCUCCUAAUGAACUGUUGGUAUAUUUUCACGAAAAGCAUUUGAUUUAAAGGCAAGAAUCCUACACAUUAGGAGAGCCUUUUGAAAUCAUGAGCAAUAGUAUUUUGGAUUGCUGGGCAUUGCUUCUCAAUGAAAAUCAGAAAUAUUUGAAGGAUGGACCUCAGAAAUUGUAUGUUGGUUCUUCAAUUAGUGUUACAAUAGUAGAAGCUGCUAGCAGUGAUGGAAAUUCACAACUAAUGGACAAUGUUUAUCAAGGUUUGGAGGAGUGGAUGAAAAUAGCUUACAAUGAUUUUGAUUUGUCAGAAGUGGAGCUGAGUGAUAUGAUCAGUACAUUCUUUGAUCAAAGGCUUACUCAAUCUGGAGGUAUGGUUAACUACGCUAUGGAGUUUCCUACUUUGAAUUGGAGAUCUAGCAAAGAUAAUUCAGAUUCUGGUGUUUAUAUUAUAAUGAGCAUGCUUUUAUUCAAUGGAGCUGAUGCGUUUAAAUGUGAAAUUUUAAAAACAGCUUCAAAUAGGAAGAUUCUCCGGAUUCAAAUUGCUGCAUCUUUGGUGUUAUCUGAUAUGAAUGAAGCUAGAUCAGUUAUAAUUGAUAAGGUGGCUGAAUUUAAACCUGAUAGGCAACGUCUUUCAAAAGAGGUUGAAGAAAGAAGGAAGAAAGAGAUAAGAUAGGAAGAAUAAGAAGAAGCUGACUGCAGACAAGAAGAAGAAAGGAAAAGGGAAGGCUUAAGAUGUCGUGUAACUGAUUUUUUUGACUUAGUUGUGAUCAUAAUUUUCUGAUGCUAAGUAAAGUACUUGUAUAGCUAAUUAGUUUUAAUUCAACUUUUGUGUAGGUUAUUGAAGAUUGGAAAAAUAUUCAUUUUGUCUAAACAAGCAUUUGACAACAUUUUAUGAAAAUGGUAUAUUGUUUGUUUAA